AUGAGGGAUUUUGUUCACGCACUGCGUUGUGACCGUGUGUUCGUCAGCGUAUUUUUCCCGCUCAAACCGACAAAAGAUGUACCGAACCUGCUCCACCUAUCUACUCUUACUUUUCCUCCACCUUCUGAAUUAUUAUUACGUUCUUCUUCUUCUUCUUCUUCUUCUUGGUUGAUGCCAUACUUCCUCUACGCAUAUUACAUCUUUCCCUCUUCCCCCUCUCUCCUUGCCCGUUCUUCUUUUACUUUCUGUCCUCCCUUUUUCUUUCCCGCUGCAAACACACACGCGCAUACAAUCCAGAUGGAACGUUUCGCUUUUCUUUCUCAUUCUUUUUCCCCUUCCUCCGUUUUCCCAAGAACGCUUGUCACGUCGCUUCUCUCCUCCUACAACUCUUUCUCAAUAUCUUCCACAUUCUCUCUCCAGAUUCUUACGACGUCUCUCCGUUUAAUUUAUUUUCCAUAUCUUUUCUUUUCUUUUCAUUCUUUCUUUCUUUUUUUCUUUUCCUUCAACUGUCGAUUGGAAAGAGAAAAAAGGAAGAUUGGAGAAAGCGAACGAGAAAAAAUGAAAACAAACGAAGAUGAGAAAAAUAAAGAGGUCAGAGACAACUUUCUGGGACGAUCGAUUCUAUCUCUUUCUUUUCAUUUUUCAUCUUCAACUCUUCUUGAGAUCUGUUUCUUUCCUUGUUUUUAUUCACUUUAUUCUCUCUCUUUCUUUCUCUCUAUAUAUCUAUCUAUUAUUAUUAUUAUUAUUAAUUCAUUAUUUGCCAUGUCGUAUCAUUUAGAAAACGAGCAUAUUUUAUUUCCUUCAUUUCUUUACGAUUUCUGUUUUAAACCGCGGGAUUUAUUCAUGUACAAGGACCGUCUCUCUUUCUCAGUUCUUGGUCUUCCCGUCUCUCUUUUCAAAUCAACGCAAUCGCUUUUCGAAAUAUAUUUCCAAUUUUCUUUCUUUGUUCUGUCCUUUUUUUUUUAUUUCGUUCCUUUUACGUCAUUUCCUGCUUUCUUCUUUUCCUAUUUCUGUGCUCUUUCUUUCUUUCUUUCUUUCUUUCUUCAUCCCAAAUUUCUUUCUUUCUUUCUUUCUUUCUUUCGUUGUUCGUUGUUAUGUAAUUUAUUUCUUUUUGUUUUUUUUUCUUUUGGUUUUCUCAUCACUAUUUUUUUCCUCUUUUCUACUUUCUUUUCUCUUCCCUUCUUUUAUCUUACUUUUUCUUUCUUUCUUUCUUUCUUUCUUUCUUUCUUUCUUUUCCCAUUCCAUCAUUCUUUCUUUCUUUCUUUCUUUUUCUUUCUUUCUUAUUCUAUUAAUUUAUUCUUCUUUGUUUCUUUUUUGUUUUCUUACCACUAUCUCUUUUCUUUUAUUCUAUUUUCCUUCUUUAUUACUUUCAUUUUUCUUUCUUUCUUCCUUUCUUUCUUUCUUUCUUUCCUUCUUUCUUUCUUUCUUAUUCUCUUACUUUUCUCAUCGAUAUGUUUUCUUUCUUUCUUUCUUUCCCUCCUUCCUUCUUCCUUUCUUUCUUCCUUUCUUUCUUUUCUUCUUUGUAACUUUUUCAAAAUUCUCCUAUCUAUCUAUCUAUCUAUCUAUCUAUCUAUCUAUCUAUCUAUCUAUCUAUCUAUCUAUCUAUUUUGUUCAUUUGAACAGCAAUCCCUCUUUUAUAGAGGUUUCAUUAAAGACGACUAA